AACAACACAUCUGAACAGCAUUUUGUCCUCAACCGGAAAGAGCAGGAGCAACAACGUUUGUAACUUGCACGACACAACAAUCGUGUUCGAUUCUCUUAUUAUUAUUAUUAUUAUUAUCAUCACAUCUCACAUGAACCUCUCUAUACGAUUCUUGAAACCUUAACACUUGUGAAAAGCCAUUGAUGGCACUCCCAUACUCCAUCUUUUCCUCAGCAGCAACCACACUCACUCUUUCAUCCCCAAUAACCAAACCCCACAAACCCAAUCUCCUUCCCCUUUUCUCCUUCCCCAACAACUCACCCAUAAGCAGAAGAAGAAACCUUUCCCUAACCCCUGCACGCGUUGCUGCACCACCCUCAACAAUUGAAGCCGAUCAAUCAUCCCCAGAAACCGAGGAAGAGUUUAACGAUGAUAGCUCUUCCUCUAAGUUCUCUUGGAGGGAUCACUGGUACCCUGUUUCGUUAAUUGAAGAUCUCAACCCUCUCUUGCCCACGCCGUUCCAGCUUCUCGGUCGUGAAAUCGUGCUUUGGUACGACAAGUCCAUUGCCCAAUGGGUUGCUUUUGAUGAUAAAUGCCCCCACCGUUUUGCUCCUUUAUCUGAGGGAAGGAUCGAUGAAGAUGGGAAGUUGCAGUGUUCUUAUCAUGGGUGGUCUUUUGAUGGGUGUGGAUCUUGUGUUAAGAUCCCUCAGGCUGCAUCUGAAGGCCCAGAAGCACGUGCUAUUCGAUCUCCUAAAGCGUGUGCCACUAGGUUCCCUACCAUGGUGUCUCAGGGCUUGCUCUUUGUUUGGCCUGAUGAGAAUGGUUGGGAGAAAGCAAAUGCUUCCAAGCCUCCAAUGUUGCCUGACGACUAUGACAAACCAGAGUUUGCCAUAGUCAACAUUCAGCGUGAUCUGUUCUAUGGUUAUGAUACUCUCAUGGAGAAUGUCUCUGACCCUUCUCACAUUGAUUUUGCUCAUCACAAGGUUACAGGAAGGAGAGACAGAGCCAAGCCUCUGCCAUUCAAAAUGGAUUCUCGAGGUCCAUGGGGUUUCUCUGGAGCUAAUGAAGGGAACCCACGGAUAAGUGCCAAAUUUGUUGCACCAUGUUAUUAUAUGAACAAGAUUGAGAUUGAUACCAAACUCCCUGUAGUUGGUGACCAGAAAUGGGUAGUAUGGAUAUGUUCCUUCAAUGUCCCCAUGGCACCUGGUAAGACUCGCUCCAUUGUUUGCAGUGCUCGAAACUUCUUCCAGUUCUCAGUGCCAGGGCCUGCCUGGUGGCAGGUCGUUCCUAGAUGGUAUGAGCAUUGGACUUCAAACAAGGUAUAUGAUGGGGACAUGAUUGUCCUUCAAGGUCAAGAGAAAAUCUUCCUUUCAAAAACCAAGGAAGGAGGUGACAUUAACAAACAGUACUCAGACAUAACCUUCACACCAACACAGGCAGAUCGCUUUGUCUUGGCAUUUCGAAACUGGCUAAGGCGACACGGCAAUGGUCAACCAGAAUGGUUUGGCAGCAGCAGUGACCAGCCGUUGCCGUCAACUGUUUUGUCAAAACGUCAGAUGUUGGAUAGAUUUGAGCAGCACACUCUGAAGUGUUCAUCAUGUAAAGGAGCUUAUGAGGGAUUCCAAACAUGGCAGAAAAUCUUGAUUGGUGCAACAGUUGUGUUUUGUGCAACAUCAGGGAUCCCAUCAGAUGUCCAAUUGCGUGUACUUUUGGCUGGACUUGCAAUUGUGAGCGCAGCCUUUGCUUUUGCCCUAAACCAACUCCAAAAGAAUUUUGAAUUCGUCGACUACGUGCAUGCCGAAAUCGAUUAAACACUUCCCUCCAAAGGAAUCUCCGCUAGUUAGUUGUAACUUGUAAAUAGAGUUCAAGACAAAUACAUGUACACUAUUUUGAUCAAAAGAGCUCAAGUAGCUAACACUGGUGUUAUCAUUAAAUACAACGAGCAUAAGCGUGGUUUUAACAUGUCA